GUGAUGUUUUGGAGGCAAGCGAGACCGCCGAGGACCGAUUGGCUUUUGGCAGGAAUUUAACCUAUUAAAUGUCAUCACUUCAUUUAAUUGACCCCAUGUUGCCGUUGAACAUGUUAUACACGGGCGUUUUACAUGAAUAGACCUCGUUAUCAUUCAGGACCAUAUGUUAAGAAGACCGAGAGGAGGAAAAACAAAAAGAAAGGACCGUUCCGGAGGCCGUCUGGACCCGGACCCGGAGGACUAAGCGUCUGGCUGUUGGUGACGUUGCCUCGCAGCUGUGGUGCCAAGAGGGAUCUACGCUCCCAACGUGACAAACCCAAGGAACAGGGGAUUAAUCUGGCCGAGCCGAACCGUGACACUCUCUAGGCGUCGAAAAGGAGAUGGUUUAGUUCGCCUGUUGCGAAAAAAAACCACGGCGACGUUGAACGACACUUAAAGAAAACUGAAAGAACAACUAAACCAGCGUCCACCGCCCGCCUUCCAGCGCUUUCAGGAUGAACCACUUAUCCCUCAGCGAGCUGUGUUGCCUGUUCUGCUGCCCGCCGUGCCCCAGCAAGAUCGCCUCCAAGUUGGCCUUCCUGCCCCCGGAGCCCACCUACAGCCUCAUGUCCGACGACAGUGGCAGCCGGUGGACGCUGCACCUCUCUGAGCGCGCCGACUGGCAGUACUCGUCCCGCGAGAAGGACGCCAUCGAGUGCUUCAUGACCCGCACGACGAAAGGGAACCGCAUUGCCUGCAUGUUCGUCCGCUGCUCGCCCAGCGCUCGAUACACUCUGUUGUUCUCUCAUGGGAACGCGGUGGACCUGGGCCAGAUGAGCAGCUUCUACAUCGGCCUGGGCUCACGGAUCAACUGCAACGUCUUCUCCUACGACUACUCUGGUUACGGGGCGAGUUCGGGGAAACCCUCUGAGAAGAACCUGUACGCCGACGUUGACGCCGCCUGGCAGGCACUCCGGUCCCGGUAUGGCAUUCGUCCGGAGAACGUGAUCGUGUACGGCCAGAGCAUCGGCACCGUGCCCUCUGUGGACCUGGCGUCUCGCUACGAGAGUGCCGCGGUCAUCCUCCACUCCCCGCUCACCUCCGGCAUGAGAGUGGCCUUCCCUGACACCAAGAAGACCUACUGCUUCGACGCCUUCCCCAACAUCGACAAGAUCUCGAAGGUAACGUCUCCAGUGCUGGUGAUCCACGGCACGGAGGACGAGGUCAUCGACUUCUCGCACGGCCUGGCGCUGUACGAGCGCUGCCAGCGGCCCGUGGAGCCGCUGUGGGUGGAGGGCGCCGGGCACAACGACGUGGAGCUCUAUGGACAAUACUUGGAGAGACUCAAACAGUUUGUGGCACAUGAGCUGGUCAACUUGUAGAGCAGCUGGGAAAGGGGGGGAGGGAAAGGAACAGUUGAGGGGUUGAUAAUGGAGAAGUGGUCAAACUUUUUUUUUUUUUUUUUUUUUGUAAAGUGAUGCAGGUAAAAGUGGUGUUUUUGUCUGUGUAGUACUGAAGUUUUGGUGGCACUCUCUUCUGAUUAUCCGGUGCCUUCUCCCCAGGCGGAGCUACACUUACAGCUCCACCUGCUGCAGCUGUGAACCUACAAGUACCCACCUUUUGUGUUCCCUUCAGAUAUUAGUUUUAUUUUUUGCAGAUUGAGAGUGCGUGAAUGAAAGAAGUAUACUUGUGCACGGACAACUGUGUGUGUGUGUGUGUGUGUGUGUAUGCGGUAUAGGAGUGUGUAUGUGUGUGUCACAUUGUCACUGCCUUUUGACGAGGACGUGGUCCACUUUUUUUUUUUUUUUUUUUCUUUUUAAAGUGUGUUUUUUUAUUUUUUAUUUAUUUUAAGUUUUGAGUAACCGCCUUCUACAAACUUUACCUUUGCAUCCAAAGGGGACCAGACUCUCCAAUCCAUCGCAACUCCAUUUGACUUUGCGGCCCGGUUCAGUCCUGCACUCUGCAGUCACUAUGAAUUUCGUCUUUUUGGAUAAGUUUGUCAUAUUCUUUUUAUAUUUUACAUGGUAUUUUGCACAUAUCAGCUGUCGGUGACGAACCGUAAUAGACAAACUGGCAUUACCAAGCUGGGCCAGUGUUGCCAAAUACUUAGUAGACUUUAUAGCAGAGAGUCAGCCAUACAGUACUUACUCCUGCAGUAAACUCAAAUGUUGUUGCUAAAAGACGAGUCUCACUAUACUGGUCGUUGGGCUGUAUGUUGUCAAAACUCUAAAAUGUAAUCGAUAAUAUCUGACCCGUCUUGAUAAAGGAACUAUCAUAGUCUGUGCUCUCAUCUAGACUUAAACCAGUAAUGCCAAUCAGGACUGAAUGGUGAACGUUCUAAACAUAGCUGGUGUUGAUUAUGUUACAGUGCUUUAAAAAUGAGAAUUUGUUGCACGUUAACGGGAUCUUUUUUAAUCACUCAACCUUAAAAAUGGACAAUGGCUUCUAGCAGCUUAAGUGGCCCGCCAAUUAAUCCCUCAGUCAUGGAUCGACUGUUUUUUGUUUUUGUCUUAACUUGAUCUUGUGGUCUGCAUGGUGUUUCUGUAUCCAUGGCUGUCGAUCUUUUAACGCAGAGUGAAGCAGCUGCUGACUCCAUAAAGGCAGAUGUCAAAGUGCUACUGCAUGCCUUGAAGUUUUUGUUUUUAUUUUUUACAACAAACUCUGAAUUGCAUAAUACAUUUCUAAGUCAUUUUCUCAUGGGUAUUUUUGAUACCUGUGUUCACACAGGGGUCAAAUACUGGUAAACCAUGAACCACUAUUUGAAUGGGUGCUACUGUAAACCUUCAUGUCUGAUCACUUCGAUGCAGGUCAGAGUGAUUCGGAGCAGAUUGGUGACUGUUUGUCAGGUGAUUUGUUUUUCUUAUGUAAUAUUAUUUUAAUGUUGUUUUAAAAACACACGUCCUAUAGACAAGGUAAUGCUUUUUCAUUUUCACUGUUUAAUAUUUACACUGGACAUGUCUUUUUUUCUUCUUUCCCAAGCCUUUUUCAUCUCUGCUAUCCUAAUUCUUACUUCUCUUAAUGUUGCUAUGGACCGCCUUCAGACAAAGCUAGGUCAUCAUUUUGGCUCAAGGCCUCUGUACCGGAUUGGAUUAAUUUUGUAUAUCAUUUUCUAUACAGAAGGAACUUGUAUGUAAUUCUAUUAAUAAAAAAAGUAAUUCUAACAUGGAUAGUGCAAAUAAAAUGGUAUUUGAGAAACAA